AUGCCCGUCGCGCGCGCCGUGCUCGCGCGGCGACUGAAAGAGAAACGCGCGCCGCCGCCGCCGCCGCCGCCGCCGCCGGAGAUGCCGCCCGCGCCGGAGAUCGUCCCGGCGGAGGAACCCGCGCCUCCUCCGCCCGCGCCGGACGCGACGACGACGACGACGAAGACAGAGAUCUCGAUGCCGUCCGCGUCCGCGUCGUCGGACGCCUCGGCGGCGACGACGGCGCCGCUCACGGAGGACGCCCUCAAAGCGCUCGACGACGAGCGCGUCAAGACGCGCGGGAUGUACCUCGCGGAGGCGGAGGCGAAGAAGCACGCCGCGGCGUGCGAGCUCGCGGACCUCACCAAGCCCGAGGCGCUCGCGUGGUUCACGUUCAAUCGCGCGCAGACGUCGAUUCGAUACCGCGUCGAGACGGCGGUCGCGAAGGCGGCGCGCGAGGUGGAGGAGGAGGAGACGGCGGCGAGCGCGGAGGGAGAGGGAGGCGCCGCGGCCGCGGCCGCGCCGAAGAAGCGGUUCACGCUCCCGGCGGAGGAGCUCAAGCGCAUGGACGACGAGCGAAGGGCGCGGAGGGCGACGUACGAGUGGGAGGCCAAGCAGCGAAGGGCGCAGAAUAAGACGUUGCUGUCGCGGUUUAAGCGCGUGCGGGAGAUGGUCGCGCUGCCGGGGUACGCGGAGCGGAGCCGGCUCGAGCAGCAGGCGAUGGCGGAGAUGGCGUUUAACGUCGGCGCGAGGGCGGGGGGUGCGGCGGCGGCGGCGGCGACGACGACGACGACGACGACGACGACGACGACGACGACGACCGAGGACGCGACGCGCGCGGAGGACGAACCCGACGCCGUGGACGGCGGCGAGAAUGAGGAAAAAGAUGCGGAGGCGGAGGAGGCGGCGACGGAUGAGGCGCCCGCGACGGAGACGGAGACGGAGACGGAGACGGCGGCGCCGGCGCCGGAGCCGGUCGAGGCUGAGGAAAAGGAAGCUGAGAACGGCCCUGAGAAGCGAGAGGAGGAGACGCGCGAAGAAGCGCCGCCGACGCCGGUCGCGGCGCGGGAAAAAGACGCGGGCGGCGCGGAGCAGACGGACGCGUCGGCCGCGGCCGCGAGCGAUGCGCGACAGCCGGCGACGGAGGGUACGGAGGCGUCGACGUCGUCGGCGUCGGCGUCAGCGUCGACGUCGGCGUCGACGACGACGACGAACGAACCGCCCGCGAAGGAGGCACCGUCCCCGCCGCCCCCCCCCACGCCGCCGCCGCCGCCGCCGCCGCAGCGGCAGCAACCCGCGACGGCGCUUCGACGCGGCCCGCCGUCGCACCCGCGGCGGAACCCCCGACCCGAGGAAGCGCCCACGAGAUCGCCGCCGCCGCCGCCGCCGCCGCCGCCGUCGGCGAAAAACCCGACGCAAUCGUCGUCUUCGACCGCGUCGUCGUCCGGGACGACGACGACGCCGAACAAGAAGGCGUCUUCCAACGCUUCGAAGCUCCUGGACGCGCACGACGACGUCGUGGCGACGCCUCGAGGCGUCCACGUCCGACUCCCGUUAACCUACGACGACAUACCGUGGCCGCCGUGCAAGCGGUCCGGCGGCGGCGGCGGCGGCGGCGAGACUUUGGCGGCGUGGAAAGUCGGCGACCUCGCCUCCGCCGCGGUGACGCUCAUCCCGACGGGCGCGUCGAAGAAGGAUUCGAAGCGGCACGUGACGCGGUGGCACCCGGACAAGUUCUCGCAGCGGUUCGGCGAGCGACUCGCGGAGGGCGACCGAGCGCGCGUCAUGGAGCGCGUCAAGGCGACGUCGCAGGCGAUCAACGUGCGAUGGGGGCAGCUGAAAUCGUAG